AGAGAGAUUAAGACCAGGACAGGAGUUCUGUUCUGUCUUCAUACCCGCUGAUCCUCGGCUCUUCACCACUCAACUCUUCCUCCAUGGCUCCGAGGUGCAGCCCGUUGAUGCUGGGCUGCGCAGCCGCCCUGCUGUGCUUCGUCUGCGCCGUGGUCUUCGCCUGCCUGUGGUUCACCUCUAACACGGAGGCUCGAUGUCCCGCAGGAACCUUCAGACACGCGGCCGUGGCUGCGGACUCCGGGCUGUGCUCCGACAUCGGCAGGGACAUGCUGCAGCAGGGCGGAUCGGCAGUAGAUGGCGCCAUUGCCGCACUUCUGUGCACAUCCGUGGUCAACCCUCAGAGCAUGGGCGUCGGUGGAGGGUCGAUAUUCACCAUCAGGAACCGGACAGGCGGUGUAAAAAUCUACAACUUCAGAGAGACGGUGCCAAAGUCUUUCCAAGCAGACUUCCUGAGCAACUGCUCGCCAGACUUUAAGAUUUACGAAGGUACCAAGUGGAUGGGCGUUCCCGGCGAGCUGCGAGGCUACGAGGCUGUUCACAGGGCGUACGGGAAGCUGCCCUGGGCCAAGCUUUUUGAGCCGACCAUCAAACUGGCCAGGGGUGGCAUCCAGAUGCCGGAUUAUCUCGCCACACUCCUGGGCCACAACCUCGUGAAAACGAUCGCCAAAAAUCUGUGUUCUGCGCAACUACUGUGCAAAGGCCAGACUUUUCUGACCAAAGGCGACGUCAUGAAGUUUCCCAAACUCGCAGACACCUUGGAAGCCGUAGCAAAGAACGGGACGGAUGUUUUCUACACGGGCGAGAUUGGACUUGACCUGAUAAAAGACGUCCAAGCUGCAGGCGGGACAAUGACGAUGGAGGAUCUGAAGUCAUUCCAAGUACAAGAGCAGGAAGCGUGGACAGUGAACAUAGGAAAUUUUAAAAUGCACCUUCCACCACCGCCUGCUGGGGGCGCCAUGCUUGCCUUCAUUCUGAAAGUAAUGGAAGAGUUUUCUUUGAGCCCCGACUCCCUGAAGGGGGACCAGAAGAUCCAGCUGUACCAGCGCUACGUGGAGACCUUAAAGUUUGUCAACGGACAAAAGAGGACGAUAAGGGACAUGGAGAAAAAUAAGGAAACGAGUGCACGUCACUUGUUGGAUCCCUGCUUCAUUAAACAAAUCAAAUCCAUGAUCUGUUGGAACUGCACCCACGACCUCUCCUACUACAACGUCACGCCCUCCUCUGACCACAUGGGGACCACACACGUGUCCAUCCUGGACGAGGACGGACUGGCUGUUUCAGCCACCAGUACCAUCAACCAAGCAUUUGGAGGCGGGAAUUUCUCUCCGCUCACAGGCGUCAUCCUGAACAACGAGCUGUCGGACUUCUGCGGCAGAGCAGAUGGUGUGAGUCCAGGUGAACAGCCUCCGUCCUCCAUGACUCCUGUGGUUCUGGAGUCAGAGUCUGGAGAGCUGCUGGUGAUUGGUGGAUCAGGGGGGAGUAUGAUCAUCACGGCCGUGGCCUCGUCCAUAAUCAAUCACCUGUUUCUGGGGAAGAGUCUGGCAGACGCCGUCGCUGCCCCCAUCGUGUUCGUCGACUCCAAGAACAAUCUCAACUUUGAGCGCCGCUUCGACGAGGCCGUGACCAAACGCCUCCAAGCUUUUGGACACAAACUCCGCGAAUCAAAAUACUUCUUUAACGUCGUGAGUGCUGUUAAAAAAGAGAAAGGCUGCAUCACCGCCGUGUCGGACAAGAGGAAGAACGGAAUGGCUUCAGGGUAUUGAACCCCCAACCCCUCCACCCCCAAACAAGACCUUAACGACCGUACGUGUGCCGCCUCCCUGUGUCUGAAGUCUGAAGUUUACAACCGUGACGAGGCAUUUUCAAAAAGUCAAAAACAAAACAGACUCAGUACUCCUUUUCAUCCACUAAGUGGUGCUACUUUCCAGUCAGGCUUUUCCAUUUGAGGCUGCAGUCGUCGACAGACGUCUGAUUUUCUUUGCCGGGAAGAAGAAGCGAAGGAGUCAGAAUCCGAUGGUGGUCUUUAUCUGAUGGUGUGGUCGACUCGUCACUGAACAGAGAUGCAGAGAGACUUCUUCACGUCAGGUUUAUUUUUAGUCCCUGCAGUUCGGUGUCUGAGUUUCCCCUUCAGUUCAUGUUGUUCCAUCGCUCUCCCUAUCACUCAGGGUUCGUCGCGGGUCAGAUAUAAGUCAGAAAAAUGUUGUGAGGUGAUGAGAAUGAGGUCUGAAGUCCAAAAGUGGAAAAUAAACGACAGAGUGGAUAAAAAAGAGGCACAAAAAUGGCCUUAACGUAGCCUUUGAUAUUGAAAAAAAGACUAAGAUAAGAAAAAAUAAAACAACAGAAAUGUAAUGAAGUUAACAAUAUAGUAGAAAUCAGUAGAAGUUUGUCAGAAGGGAGUUUCAUUUCUAUAUAAAUUGACCACAAAUCCAGAUCAUACACUCAGGCGUGGUGCUCCAAGCUAGCUUAAAAAAUGCUAACAAAAAACAAAAAACAACUAAAAGUUGUUUUAUUUUUAUUGGUUUUUACCUUUAAAGUAGCCUGAAACUGAUGAAA